GCUUCUAAGUACAGCAACUUCCGAUCUCUCUGCAGAUGACGACGCCAUGUGCGAGCUCCAGGGCGAAGCGCGCCACCGCGCCGCUGGACGCCGCCGCGAUGGCCCGCCUCGCCGUCGUCCCGGGCAGCGCUGACAGCAGCGGCAGCGAGCACGAGGCCGCGCUGUCCAGCCUCGUCAACGAGUACCUCCUCGAGGCGGCCGACGACGCCACCGUCCCCUCCGCCGCCGUGCUCGCCGUUGGUGGAGGCUCCGACGCCGAGGAGGAUGACGAGCACGAGGGCGGCGUCGGCGCGGCUGAGGAGGUCGACGAGAUCGCACGCGUUCUGGACGCCGCCGGUGGGGGCGACGGUGAUGAUCUGCGCCGCCGGAUCUUCGCCGACGUGGUGGAUUCCAUGCGUGAGCUGGAGAACGUCCGCGCCCAACGGUCGGCGUUCCGGCGCGCGGUGAUGUCCCUCCUGCGGGAGCGCGGCCACGACGCUGGCCUCUGCAAGGCGCGGUGGAACAAGACGAGCAGCAUGGUCGCCGGAAGCUACGAGUACAUCGAUGUCGUCGUCGCCGCCGCACCAGAUGCUGCAGAGGCGACGAGAUACAUCGUCGACGUCGGCUUCGCCGGUGAGUUCGAGGUGGCGCGGCCGACGGAAGACUACGAGGCCGUGCGCUCCGCGCUGCCGGAGGUGCUCGUCGCGAGGCCCGACGACGUGAGGAAGGUCGUCAGGGCGGCGGCGUCGGCGGCGCGGCGUUCGCUGAAGCGCCGCCGCCUCAGCGUGCCGCCGUGGAGGAAGCGCAAGUUCAUGAUUGCCAAAUGGCUUGGCCCGUACAGGAGGACGGUGAACGCCGUGCCGACGUCUGCCGGCACGGCGAUCGACGGCGGCAGCUCGUUGGCUGUCUGCCGGACAGUCCAUGGUUUCGAGGCGCCGCCUCUGGUCAUGACGACGCCGACCGGGCUCUGGGGUUGACAACUUGGCAUGCAUAUGGUAGGGACUAGGGAGUUCAUUGGUAGUUUCGAGUAGUAUUCAUAUUUCGUAGUGAUUGCAUGGAUGAUUGGAGAGUAAUUGUUUUAGGGGUGAUGUAAAUAUAUGAUAGGAGAGUAAAUAGCUUGCAUUGUUUGUA